AUGGACUACAAGACUCUUCUCACCGUUGAAUCCUUCAUCAUGUUCAUGUUCCUCGUUCCCUUCUACGCCGCCUUCUUCUUCAUGAUAAUCGCCGCGCGUCACGCUCGCAACGAGCGCCGUCUCAUCCACGAGCUGCGCAUGGUGGCCGCCGACGAAGAGAACCGCGUCAACAGACGCCGUCGCGAGGUCAGAGAGCUCGAGGAGAAGGAGAAGCGUGUCAAGGAAGAAGCUCUGCUCCGCGAGACCGCCGAGACCGCCCGCCAGGUGGCCCUGCCCGAUCACGACACAAGCGACAGUGAAGACGACGAUGACGAUGACGACGCUCUCUACAUGUACCACAAGCUCAGCGGCCCUGCCUCAAUCAUGGACACCUCUGGCUUCUUGCCUGACAACCGCCGCAAGCUCAGCUAA